AUGUUCACAGGAAUGCUACUUACUUCAAAAAAUCUAUACAAAGAAAUGCUUGUCAAAGGCACUAACAACGGAAAGCUCGACAAAAACAGUGGAUUUGGUCAACGUAUUGAUUUAAUAUUUACAACAAAGAAUAUAAAGCUGUCUACUAGCGAAUGGAAGCCUAUUUUGACCUACCUAUUGGACCUUCCUUUCAAUGAAGCUUGCGGUGAUUGUGUAUUUACGGCUGGGAUAGACUUGACAGGACCUAUGAGGUAUAUUCUUGCCAUAAAACAACUAAAAGAUAUAUAUGUAGCCAAGCCAGUUUCUACUUUAUUUAUAUCCACCUAUCUUGAUAAGCUGGAGCUUUUUGAAAAAACAGUGGAUUGUCUGUAUGCGUGGCAAAACCAUUGUUUGAGAAUGAAGAAGUUUAUAUUACCAGCACUUCGUAAAUGCAGAAAAGAAGUGCACUUUUCUUCAUUUUUUGGGACAUAUGCACCUGAAGAUUCCAACAGCUCGCCAAAUACAUGUUGGACACCAUCUUAA